CUCAAACAUCACCACCCUCUGAUACAGCCCCCGAAUAACAUUGCCAUGACAAGACAAUGGGAUUAUUACAAGGUUCUAGGGAUAUCUCCCAGCGCGACGCAGCAAGAGAUUCGCAAUGCAUACAAAAGGGAAUCCUUGAAAUCCCAUCCGGACAGAGUUCCUGUCGACUCGCCGGACCGGCCAGCCCGGACGCGCAAGUUUCAAGAAAUUAGUGAUGCCUACUACACGCUGUCAGAUGCCUCACGUCGGCGAGAGUAUGACGCGACACGGAUGGCGGGCGGCGUGGAAGAGGAAGCAGAGGAAAUACCUCGUGGAGGGGCCGGAGGAUUUCCCUGGUCGGCUUUCGGCUUUGACACAGAUGACAGUGAGCACCGUGCAUCCGAGCAGUUUGGGUCUGUGUUUGAGGAGAUGCUGCGCGAAGAAGGUCUUGCUAGCGAAGACACGGAUGCCAAUGGUCAGACUCAAUCACAUCCAACAUCUCGGUUCUGGUCCGUGGUGGCAAAUGCUCCAGGGGCAUUGGCUGGUGCAGUCGCUGGUAACCGGCUUGGAGCGGUUCGGGACGCUAAAGGCAAGAGCGUUUACGAUGUCUUCCUCCAGCUUCCCCGGAGCGAUCGUGCACGGUUAUUGAGCGAAUUAGCGGCCAAGGACCGCCCCUUGAAGGGCACAAUCGUUCUCUUUGAUGUCGACAAGACAUUAACGCCUGCAAGAGCAAAUGUCACGCCAGAGAUGCUCAGUCUGCUCUCCCAGCUGCGCCACAAGUGCGCCAUUGGAUUUGUCGGUGGCUCGAAUCUUCCCAAGCAGCAAGAACAACUUGGCACACCCUCGACGAAUGUCACCUCCCUUUUCGAUUUCUGCUUUGCCGAAAAUGGUUUGAUCGCUUUCCGUUUGGGCAAGCCUCUUGUUAGCAACAGUUUCAUUCAAUGGCUGGGAGAAGACAAAUACCAGAAGUUGGUCAACUUUUGCCUCCUACACAUUGCGAAGCUGGAGCUUCCCAAGAAACGCGGUACCUUCGUUGAAUUCCGUAAUGGCAUGAUCAAUGUCAGCCCUAUCGGCAGAAAUGCCAGCACCGAGGAAAGGAAGGAGUUUGAGGCUUAUGACACCAUUCAUAACAUCCGCAGGGAUCUUGUGAAUGCGCUCAAGAAGGAAUUCCCCGACUAUGGUCUUAGUUAUUCGAUUGGCGGUGAAAUCUCGUUCGACGUUUUCCCGACUGGAUGGGACAAGACCUACUGCUUACAGCAUGUUGAGGCCGAGAAGGACAUCACAGGUAUAGAGUACAAGACGAUCCACUUCUUUGGAGACAAGACAUUCCCUGGAGGCAAUGACUACGAAAUCUACAGUGACCCCAGGACGAUCGGCCAUUCAGUCGAGGAUCCUGAUGACACCAUGAGACAGCUGAGAGAGCUCUUCCAGCUAUAGAGCGGUUAGAUUUAACCAUUGGUCCACAGGGGCUGGUUAUCCGUGAAUAAGGAAACGCAAGAGACUGCAUGUUGCUUCCUCUGGGCAUUGUUAAUAUUUCUCCUGCUGGAAUUUUCCCCUCUUGUCAAUCUAUGCCGCUAUAAGAUGUUGGUCACGAAAACACUAGAGACUCGAUAUCUAGAAGGAUGAUUCCCAUCCCUUAAUUUCUGCGUGUGGAAGUUACCCGGAUCCAGUUAACACUCCGCGGAACGGGAAAUGGGAGAGCUACCUGUCUAGUAGUGCUCCGUACGGAGUGAGUACCUAUGACCUGUUGCAAAUCAAUACGGCCGGCCCAGUAGAUCAAUCGGAUCUGACUCCCUUUCGGAUGGGCCUAUAAUAC